UUCUCUCUUACCUUCAUCCCACAUGCACUUCUCUCACUCUCCUUAUCAUAAAACUCUCUCUCUCUCUCUCUUUCUCUCUCUCUCUCUCUAUCCGUCUGUUUGUUCUUUUAUUCUUUUUCGUCGCUUAUGAACACAGGAAUAUUCUGACAUGCUGAAGACGAGUUUAAGUGGGCUUUUGGAGAGCCUCCUGUUUCCGCCUCCUCGUGUUGCUGUACUACCAUGAGCAGUUCCACUCCAUCCACCACAGCUAAUGGCACUGACAGUAAAACGUAUAAAGGAGACCGAUCUCCCUGUGCCCCCUCCCGCGUCCUCCACGUCCGCAAAGUUCCCAUCGAAGUGUCCGAGGCAGAGGUCGUCUCACUAGGUGUCCCAUUCGGCAAAGUCACCAACCUAUUGAUGCUUAAAGGGAAAAAUCAAGCUUUUAUAGAAAUGGCCUCUGAAGAAGCAGCGAUGACCAUGGUCAACUACUACACCACAGCCACACCCCAUGUUCGCAAUCAGCCUGUCUACAUUCAGUAUUCCAACCACCGCGAGCUCAAGACUGAUAAUCUGCCCAAUCAGGGGAGGGCCCAGGCUGCUCUGCAAGCUGUCAACGCAGUGCACGCUGGGAACAUGAGUCUCUCUGGGACUGCCACAGCCAGUGAUGGAGGAAUGAUGCCUGGACAGAGUCCCGUGCUUCGUAUCAUCGUAGAGAAUCUCUAUUACCCAGUGUCUCUAGAAGUGCUGCACCAGAUCUUCUCCAAAUUUGGAACGGUCCUGAAGAUCAUCACCUUCACCAAGAACAACCAGUUUCAGGCCUUGCUACAAUAUGCAGAUCCAAUGAACGCACAUCAUGCCAAAGUGGCUUUGGAUGGACAGAACAUCUACAAUGGCUGCUGUACUCUGCGUGUUGAAUUCUCCAAGCUGACCAGUCUGAAUGUGAAAUAUAACAAUGACAAGAGCAGGGACUUCACUCGUCUGGACCUACCUUCAGGAGAUGGUCAGCCCACGCUCGACCCCACCAUGCAGACCGCUUUCGGGGCUCCUGGGAUCAUCUCUUCGCCGUACCCCGGGGCGGCUGGUUUCGCCCCUGCUAUUGGUUUCCCUCAAGCAGGUCUGUCAAUGCAGGCGAUGCCUGGUGCUCUGGGGCCUCUGACCAUCCCUUCCUCAGCAAUGACAGGACGGAUGGCCCUCCACGGCAUGACCCCCACCGCCAUCCACUCUGUGCUCCUCGUCUCCAACCUCAACCCUGACAGUAUAUCGCCACACGAGCUCUUCAUUUUAUUCGGAGUCUAUGGAGAUGUGCACAGAGUGAAGAUUCUGUUCAACAAGAAAGAGAAUGCUUUAAUACAGAUGGCGGACGCCACGCAAGCCCAGCUCGCGAUGAGCCAUUUGAAUGGCCAGCGUCUGUAUGGUAAGGUGAUCCGUGUGACCAUCUCAAAGCACCAGACGGUGCAGCUCCCCAGAGAGGGUCAGGAGGAUCAGGGCCUGACCAAAGACUUCAGUGGGAGCCCACUGCACCGCUUCAAAAAGCCCGGCUCCAAGAACUUCCAGAACAUCUUCCCUCCCUCCGCCACCCUGCACCUCUCAAAUAUCCCUCCCUCCACCACGGAUGAUUUUCUGAAAGAUCUGUUUGCCAGUUCUGGAUACACCGUCAAGGCCUUCAAGUUUUUCCAGAAGGACCGUAAGAUGGCGCUGAUCCAGCUGGGUUCAGUGGAAGAGGCCAUCCAGGCUCUUAUCCACCUCCACAACCACGACCUGGGAGAGAACCACCAUCUGCGAGUGUCCUUCUCCAAAUCCACCAUCUAGCUUCCCCUUCACUACAAACACAUCCUUUCCCCAUCCUCCCCGUUCCAGCCCUUCUACCUUCAGCAGUCCGUAUCGUUCAGAGAGUAAGACUGACUGACAAACUUUUAAAAUAACAUUACAGAUAUUCAUGGGGUAGUUUUAGAGAUUUUCCAAAAGAAAAAAGAAAAACGAAUGAAAAAAAAGCAAAUAAGAGACUACUGCAGAACGUUUAGAAACUCUGAGAGCGAGUUUGAUUUACUCGCACCAAACCAGGGCUGGAGACACAUGGGAUAUCCAUGACAAUGUGACGUUUCUGGGAACUUCUGUGCUGAUGAAGUAGGACUCCCUCUAUAGUCUACUGGUGACAACUUUGUUUAUGUGAAAAGCAAAUUAACACAAGGUGAACGAUCUCAACCACAACAGAAAAGUCAAUGCUGAGGAGGUUUCUUCAUCGCACACUUGCUGAUUACAUUGGAGACUGACACUCCUGUAGCCCAAUGGCCUUUUUAUCCCACACCUAAUUAAGGGCGGAGUCUCAUCUGUCCCUCCCCUAAAAAAAACGACACCUUAACUCUUGUUGGCUCUUUCAACGGAGUGCCCCAAUUACAUGUGGGAUGUGUUGAACGCACGGUCACCGUCUGAAUGUCGCUGACGUCAUCAUCAAGGUGCUGCUGGAAAAAAAUCUGUAGCGACGGCCUCAACCGAUGGGCUUGUCCUUUUCCUUUUGAGUAGCAUUAAAAUACGAGUGCUAUGGAUUCAAGAGCGAGUGCAUUUGAAAUUCAAUCACAACUGUUUCGGCUUACAAACCUUUUGUUUCUCGGCACUUUGAGUGAUUUGAAUUGAAGACAGGCACCGUGGGGAAUGUUUGGCAUCCUCAUAUCUGUUUACUGUGCAAAGAUGUAUAGCCAGAUGGUAGGCAUCUGUGAAUAGAUAGUGAAUGGCGUGAUUUGUUUGUUUUUUUCCUUGUAUAAUGGAAAUUUUAUAUUGGACAGACCAGCCUUUCGUGGCUUUCUGCACCUGCAAUGCUGUCAGACAAACAUCUGCGCUCAGUGGCGCGCAAUGUCAUUGUCCAGUCGAUCAGGUUCCUCUGAACCGGGACGACUGUUUUCAAACAUGCACGAUCAUUCCAUAAACACUUACGGCCAGCCGUCAACCUUACUGGAACGCUCCAAUCAGCAACGCCCAGCCUGACAGGAGGCUCCGUCUCCUCCUAAGUGAAAUUCUCAAUGUGAAUGGUAUAGCCCGUUCUCUCAAUGGGAAAUUGACCAUUUUUCCUCCAUUCUGUUCCCCUUCUUGCUCUGAGUUGAGUCUUUUUUUUUUCUUUGGUUCUUCUUGUUUUCCAUCUGGUCACACAGGGGCAGAAGGUUCUGUGCUCUUUCCUCUGUUCUUUCACUCCUCGGCUCUGUCCACAGGUGUGAGAGUUUGCAGCCAUGGGCUCUGUAGAAACCUUAGUGAAGCCCAUCGAGUCACAGCAAAAAAAAAAGAGGGUGGCACUCUCUUUUGCCUUGCAGUCCCACACAAAAUGCCUCUGCAUCUGAGCAAACCAAAUAUUAAAGAAAGAGUCAGUCGGAAUGACACGGAGACGCCACCUAUUUCCCAAACCUAGUGAGUUGUCAUAUAGACAAGCUGCCUUCUGAGGUAGUGUUCUAAUGCCAUGAAAGCCCAUAAGUGACUUAUCUGCAGUGCUCUGGAAGUGGAUAAUAGUGCAGAUGUACAUAGGGAAACUUGACUCCAACAGAGUGGAGGCCAGAGGCGGAGAUGGUAAUUUGAGACUCUGCCAUUGGUAAAACUGGAAGCUUAGUCGGUUGCAUUGUAGAGUUUACAACGGACUCCCUCUCAUUGGACAAGGAGUUAAUUUUAGUACAGUUAGAUUUAGCAUGUAGCCCCAAUCAUAGCAAUACCGCACAUGCCAGUACUGAGUUUUUUAGCUUAUUAAUACAGAAUCGAAGUUAGCAUUUUGCUAGCCAAAGCUAAUAACUACUUAGAGUCACUGUACUAAUGGCCAUGGAUUCAGUAAACUGAUCUAUCUACUCAAUUUCUGCUGUAACCCUUGCACUUGUGCUAGGUCAGUCAACAGGUCAUUUGGAUUUGCAUGUUAUUGCAAUGUGGCAACAAUCAUGCACUUUGUAGACCUGCUGUAGUAAGUGUCAAAACACUUGUUUGAUGUUUGAUAAAUGCUAUUUUUGCUACACAAAGUAUUGCAUCCUUAGCGGAAUCAGUUGAUUUAUAUAACUGAUAUAUCGUCGUGGUUUUAGCUUGACGCUAACUGUCAAACUCUACAGUCAAAAUAAAAAAUUUUAAAUUAAAGGAGUUCGUAGAUAUUUUUCAGUAUUGAAUGAAUUCUAACUAUAUUCAGAAUCAACAGUUACUUUGAUUUGCCCACUAUCUUGUAUUUCGCAAUGCAUUCUGGGAUUGCCUUAUCCACAAAGGAUACAGAGCUGCCUUAGAUUUUGGCCAAAAUUAGAUAUCUUAAAAGUCUGGGACAGCCUGUGAUGCCUUAAAAUGCUGUCUAAUGCCUCAUUCACACUAUCAGCAACUUUGUAGCUGCCUGGAUCAGGGGGGGCCAAGCUGGAGCACUCACUCCGAUCCCCCAGGCUCUGCGUUGGUUCGGGAAACUCCAAAUUCAACCAAAACAAACGAUUACAUUUAGCUUAAGAUUGGCGCUGAAAAUUCAGGACAUUGCAACCUGCAGAACCUGGGAAUUUUUUAAAAUAAGAAAAAAUAACUUUAUAGCUGCCUGUCGCUCCGGGUGGCAACCUGCUGCAAAUGCAGGUCUGUGUAGGUCUAUACAGCAUGAAUACAACUGGUCUUUGAGCGAGCUGAGAAAUGAUCACGUGAGUUCUACUAGUGCUCCUAUUGGCUGUCACUCAAGAAAGUCGCUCUUCAUUUGCAUAAAGUUGAAGAAUUCUCAACUUUGUUACAUCACUCGACACUCCCACCUGGUCGCCGGAAGUCACUUAAUCUCUGUUGAAAUGGACGGUCAAUUUGCCACUGCGGGUCGCUCGUAGUGUGUGAGGCUGAAGAAAGAAGGUUACUAGGUUUUGGGAAAUGGCAGUGGUACACGCAUACAGAUGGUGAUUCUGAAUGCGUGUUUGGUCACUAUUAGUGUGUUAUUUCCGACUGCUUUGGGACUCUAGGAUAUAUGAUGUCUCCCUUGUGCGUACAAGCGAGGUGCUGUCUCAUUUAGCAAAAAUCGGGCCUUAACAUUCCAAGGAGGGUCAAUGUAGACCCAUUGAGUAGCAUCUAUAGGGAGCAGCUUUGGUGCCUGUGUGCUAUAUCCUCUUUCGAUGUCUGUUUGAAUCACAAUCUUCAAUCAACAACCUUCGUGUUCAUGCAAGGCAAGGGACAGUGACUAUUUUGUCUUUGACUGAUUUCACCUGAAGCGAUUCAAAUCCUCGCUUUCACUUCUCAAAAGAAAUUGAAUUUUGUUGAAGUUUACAGUCUUAAAGCAAAACUAUUCAGGUCUAUAUAUCUUAAGGAUUGUCAAGAUUUUUUGAGAAAAAAAGUUACUUAUUUUUGGUAAUUUGUUCUUUUUUAUGGAAGAGAAAAAAAAAUCAAAUUUGAAACCUCAUGGGGUUUUUGUACCACUAUAAUCAUUCAAGAAAUCAUGGUGAAAAAAAAAAUCAUAUUUACUGUGUAUUUACCUAAUUUCUUAUUAUGUGCCUUAUUAUGUGUUCAUAAUCAAAUAGGUUUUAGAAAUUUUACCUACAAUAUCUUAUGUACUAUUUUGUGGGAUUGGUGAGAGGGUUGAUUUAUUUUGAUCUUUAAUUUUAUUUUAUCUUUGGUUGUGUAGCUCUUAUAGAUGUGCAUUUUGUGGGGACUCAGUACCAUGUGGUCUUAAUAUGAUAUGAGAUGUAAGUUAUAAUGUAUGGUGCUGUGAAUGCUUAUUAGAAAAAUGAACGGUGAACUCAACAAUGUUCAGAGCAUGCUGUGGGUCUCUAUUCUCCAUUGCAAACGUGUGUGUGUGUAUGUGCACAUAUGUGUGCUAUACUCGCGUAUCGUUGUUACAUGCAGCCUUUUAAGGCCAGAAAAAGUUCCAUAAUGCUGUAAUCUGUCAUACAUUUCAGAAAUUAUGAGCUAUUAUGAGCACAUCUGUGAAUUUUGUUUUGUUUUUAGCUUAUUGCAGUCAUCGAUAAAGUUUGAGGUUAGUAUUUUAGCAUGCUAGCUGACGCUAUUAACCCAUUAUAAUCAGUUACUAUUGAACUUAUUUGCGAUUGUUAUAGAACUUCCGAUUCAGUUGCCUAUUCGCUUGUUAAGUCGUGACAAAUUGGUGACAUGAAAUAUAAUAAGUUUCCCAGUCCAAGCCGCUACUCAUUUGAAUUGAGAAAAUAUUUGUUUAUGACCAAUUUUUAGUCAUGUUUUAGUCCGAUUUUAUAUAAAAUCAUAGUAUACGUAUCAGUCUCUGGACUUUCUGCAUCACUAUCACCAAUAUUUUAUCAAUUUCUAAAAAAUGAAUCGCUUUCUGGCCAUCUGAUAUUAGGAAUAGAUAUAUACAUAUAUAUAUAUAUACACACAGUUGAAGUAUUUGAAUUAGUUGAAUCAGUUUAAUUAUUAGACCCUCUGUUUAUUUUUUUCCCAAUUUCUGUUUAACGGAGAGAAUUUUUUUAACACAUUUCUAAACUUAAUAGUUUUAAUAACUCAUUUCUAAUAACUGAUUUAUUUUAUCUUUGUCAUGAUGACAGUAAAUAAUAUUCUACUAGAUAUUUUUCAAGACACUUCUAUACAGCUUAAAGUGUCAUUUAAAGGCUUAACUAGGUUAAUUAGGUUUGGGUAAUUAGGCAAGUUAUUGUAUAACUAUGGUUUGUUCUGUAGACAGUCGAAAAAAAUAUUUAGAUUAAAGGGGCUAAUAAUUUUGUCCUUAAAAUGGUGUUUAAAAUUAAGUUUUAAAUUAAAAACUUAAUUUAUUCUAGCCGAUAUAAAACAAAUAAGACUUUCUCCAGAAGAAAAAAUAUUAUCAGAUAUACCGUGAAAAUUUCCUUGCUCUGUUAAACAUAAUUUGGAAAAUAUGUAAAUAAAAAGAAAAUUUAAAGGGGGCUAAUAAUUCUGACUUCAACUGUGUAUA